AUGCGUUUGCGACUGGUACAAACUCUAUACCGUAAACAUUCAAUAUCAACAGAUCCAAAUCGUAUUGAUUAUGAAGAAAGCGAAGAUGGAAGUCUAACUUCUUCUUUACCAUUAUCUGCAUCAAUAAAUCAUCGUUUGAGUUCUUCAUCUAAUGUUCUUUUUCCGACCUCAUUUAUUUCAUCUAAUCAUCGUCUCCGUCAAUCAACACCUUCUUUGUUUCCGACAUUCUCAACUUCACAACCGUCAACAUCAUCAACUAGUUAA